UCUGCACAACUGCUUAAAAAGGGACAUUCACACCCUGCAUUGACGCAGAGUAUAAGGAGUCCGAGUAGCUGCUUUUCUGGAGGCUCAGAUACAGAGUCGUAUGAGAAAGCCGAGAGUCCCUGGAGAGCAUGAAAUUAAUAUUUUUACCACAUCACAGCAUGACAUGCACAGAAUAACAACUGGCACCCAGAAUAACAGAGAUGAGGACAUAAAGAAGAUUGCACAGAGAUUAAGUACCAUUUUCCCUGUUGCCUCUCAAGUGCACGAAUCUUACACAGCAAGCCAGACGCUGUACCUUUGGGAGAAGCUCUUUUCUGUCCUCACAACCCUCUUCCGCGGCUUCCUUUCAUUGCCCUGAAAGGCCACUUCUCUUGCCCUCUUGUGGUUGCUGCCCCAGCAAAACACUGUUCGGGCUGCAGAUAAGAGGAGUCGUCACGGCAUAAAGCUACAGUGUUCGAUUCCAAGGUCUCAAAAUGUAAUUUCCUGAUCCAGAUUCUGUGCUUCUCUUCUGAGUAAUGGUCCAGCAGGCAGGAUGCUGGGGAUGGCACGGCCAACACAAAACUCAGCUGGAGCACUGAGCAGGCUGGAGACUCAGACUAGAGGAACAUAGGAAUGACAGAGCAGAGAGAUCCUUCAAAAAUACACCUGAAAAAUAUUUGUCUGCAGUAUCAGCUGUAUCUUCUUCUGAACAGCCAUUUCUUUUGCCUUUUAAAGAAUGGGAUGGGACUAAUCAUCUUAUGUGCUUAUGUACCAAAGACAGAAGCAGGUCAUUGCAAGUGGGCAGAAGUUCUGAAAGAUUUGGAGAAGAUCAAGACAUCCAAAGAUAUUGAUGUCAGUUUAUAUACUGCAAACACAGAUGAGGAUGAAGAAUGCCAAGAACCUGUAAUGAGAUGCUUUUUCCUAGAGACAGAAGUGAUUAUUCAGGAAUGUCGUAUCAAAAAUUGUAGUGAAACGCAGGAUGUAGUGAACAUAUGGAAAAAUGGAAAUGCAAGCUUAGGAAAUAAAAAGAGGACAUGGAAAUUGUCUUCUUUCACCUUCCUCCUAGCAAACAGAGCUCUGAACCAGAUUUCUACAAUUUUUAAGGAACUUUCACUGCCUCAGGAAUUCUCUUAUCUCAUUAUUUGUGCUGAACUAAGGCUGGAAGGUGAUGAGACAGACCCUACACAGACUGGACAGUGGAGGCAGAACAAGAAUUUGGAACCUCCUGUCUGCCAGCUGCCUGCCUGCUCUGACAAGCCACAGUGCUUCCCAGCUGUACAGUGGAUUCUUCAAGCGACCUUAAAACACUCAUUCACAGCACUCUGGGGACACUGAAUGGCAUUGUUAAAUUGUGUGCAGUAGAAGCAACCAUGGGCCAAUUACCCUCAGCUGCCAAAUCUUCCAGGACAGCACUCCCUAUCAGCAUCAGCGCACACAUUACCAAGUUCCCAGGAAGGAGGUAGGGAUAAAUCUCUUGGCACCUUAUGCUUUAAAGGAGAAAGAGGGUUGAGGAGUUAGAGCACCUCACAUCCCCAGAUAAAAAACCCUCAAAGGUUAAUCUGAAAAGGAAGGUUGUUAAAGUAAUUUUGACCCUUGCAGAAUACACACUGUCAGCACAAUCACUUCUAACUGAGAGCAUCAAAUAUAGUUUACACUAGAAAUUAUAAUUGCACUUCACAGCCAGAGUUCUGUCUCUCAGUAAUGCAAAAGAGACUUUUUAAAAUUUGAAAAGUAUUUACUAUGCAAUUGCUUCAUUUAAUUAAAAACUACAAUGUUGAAAAACAAUAAAAGAAAAUAAUUAGUCUUAAAAGUAUGAGGUUAUUUGUUGAACACC